AUGGCGCUUGUCUCUGUCGGGACAACCUUAUCACCGCGGCACGGUGAUGGCGCGGACGCCGAUGAUCUCCACCUCCCCGUUGUGUUUUUGGAUGCCACGCACCCGUUUUCUCUUUUGCCGCGGCAGGAGGACGGACCGUGCCAGGCGUCUGUCACCAACUACCUGUGUUUGGGGAGUAUCACAGUUACACGCACGGGAAUCAUUUUUUCUCUUGUUCUCGGUGCGCAAGAUGGCUGUGAAUGCGGGCCGACGGCAUGCGACGACACUGCAAUGCUUGAAGUGGUUGUCUUCAGUGAUGUCAUCGAGGCUGUAACGGGGUUUCGCCGGUGGGUCUCCGCCACCUCGCGCUGCACGCUCUGCUACUCGCUGGAGUUGCUUGGCAGAGCGCACUGCGUCGUCUUUAGGGUGGACGGAAUAAGAUUUGCUUCACCCCACGUCAGUGAUGUCAGUAACACGGACACGACAGUGGAGGAGGUUGUCCCGCCGUGGGUGCGCCGCGUCACAGCUGCCACAGGGCUGCCUGUUGAAACGGGCCUCUGGACAUGCAGCGAAGGCGACGGUGCCAGGGAGGUUGACAUGCCACAUUCCACCUUUGCCUGGAGGAGGCUACAGGCGGCGGGCACUAUGAGGGGAGUGGGAGGUUCUCGAAGUGUUCAAGAAACAAAAAUGGGUCCUGACGCAGUGGAGUGGGCGAUGCGACAGCAAAACCUUCUUUAUGAGGCGCUUUCUGAGCAUGUUUUCCUCAUGCAUGAAGAGCAUCAGGCGAGGGAGGACAUCUUGCUCAGCUGGGCAUCGCUACCCAUUCGACUAGUAUCAUCAUUAUCGACAGCUGCGGCAAAAGCGCGACUGGGGACAAAUAUCGCACAAACAUCGCUGAGUCUGCGUGGUCGGGUGGCGACGGUUCAAGCAGAGACAGAGGUGCGUGGAAAAGAUGGCAUCGGCAUCGCAGAUGAAGUGGCGCAGCUCCUGGCGGAGGAAGAGACAGUGGCACGGAUGAAGUUUGAGAAGUACGCAGCCACCGUGCGGAGAGGUGGCUCUGGGAGCCAAACGUCAACGGAUUGCUGA